CAUGCUCUGUUUGUCUGUCGCCCGUUGGUUGUUGUAGUUACAGCUGACAGCAAAGCUGUCCCCGGGAUUACGUUAUUACAUGAUAUAAAUUCGGCGGAGACUCUUUUGUUUAAAGAAUAAAUAAUGACGUGCGACAGUGUAAAACAAUAACUUGUUAAAGUGACCUGCCCUGACCUGACCUGACCUGGUUAGAUAUGUCUACACUCAGAAUGUGGAAAAGCUGACAUAAAGCAGAUUGCAUCUCCAGACAGUGUGCUUGUUAACUGUAGAAAAUGCCAGCAGUGAGACGUGAUAAAGAUAAUUCAGGGUCUUCCUCUGAGGAAGAGGACCCAGAGGAUCACCCUUGUAUAGCGUGGACUGGAAUCAGCAAGAGAAUCCCAGUGUUGCUUUUCCAAGCGGAAGCAAUUGUAACUAAAGAUGUCAGUGUCCGGUCCAUCGGAGAGCGGUAUCAUUUGGCCUACAAGAUUGUCCGAACUGAGAGCCGUUUGGUUCGCAGUAUUUUAACAGUUCAUGGGUUUCAUGAGGUGCAUCCAAAUAGUAAUGAUUUCAAUCUGAUGUGGACCGGAUCUCAUCUCAAGCCCUACCUUCUACGCAACCUUCAAGAGUUUCAGAAAGUCAACCAUUUUCCCAGGUCGUAUGAGCUGACAAGGAAGGACAGACUUUUUAAAAACAUCCAGCGAAUGCAGCAAUUAAAUGGAUUUAAAAACUUCCACAUUGUCCCACAAACCUUUGUGCUUCCCGUUGAGUAUCAAGAGUUCUGCAGUGCAUACUCAAAAGAUAAGGGACCAUGGAUUAUAAAGCCUGUAGCUUCUUCCAGAGGACGUGGGAUUUACCUUGUCAGCAACCCAAACCAGAUUCCCUUGGAUGAGAAUAUUCUUGUAUCGCGGUAUAUCAGCAACCCUUUAUUAAUUGAUGAUUUUAAGUUUGAUGUGCGGUUGUAUGUGCUGGUAACCUCUUAUGACCCUCUCACCAUUUACCUCUAUGAAGAAGGACUGACACGGUUUGCCACAGUUAAAUAUGAUCGAGCUACAAAGAACAUUAAGAACCAGUUUAUGCAUCUGACUAACUACAGUGUCAACAAAAAGAGCAGUGACUAUGUCAGCUGCGAUGAUCCGGAAGUGGAGGACUAUGGGAACAAAUGGAGCAUGAGUGCUAUGCUGAGGUACCUGAAGCAAGAAGGGAAGGACACAACAUCUCUAAUGGCCAAGGUGGAAGAUCUCGUGAUCAAGACAGUAAUUGGUGCUGAACUUCAGAUUGCUACGUCCUGUAAAAUGUUCAUGCCUCACAAGGGGAACUGCUUUGAAUUAUAUGGGUUUGAUGUCCUUAUUGACUCCAAUCUCAAACCUUGGCUCUUGGAGGUGAACCUCUCCCCAUCCUUGGCAUGUGAUGCUCCCCUAGAUCUGAAGAUAAAAGCCAGUGUGAUUUCAGACAUGUUUACUUUAGUGGGCUUUGUUUGUCAAGACCCAUUGCAAAGACAGAGCAGACAAGGAAAAAUUCACUUUGAUCCGAGUUCAAGAUAUCAAGCCUUGAAAGCCCAGCGUCAGCGCCCUAUGUCAGCCAAUGAUGCAGAUAACAAUGAGCCGAAGGAGAAACUGACUGGAAAACAAGGGGGAAGCACUCUUGGACUGACUACAGAGGAGCUCAAGGUUCUACAACGUGUAAAGGAGGAACAUGAGAGGCGAGGGGGGUUUAUCCGAAUAUUCCCAACAGCAGAAACCUGGGAGCUCUAUGGAGGUUAUCUGGAGUAUAAAACAUCAAUGAACUACAUGUUGGCCACAAGACUGUUUCCAGAAAAAUCUGCAAGACCAGCAGCUUCAACAAAGACACGGAAUGCUUUGAAUAGACAAGCUGCGCUGGGAAUGAGUUUGUUUCAUGUGGAAACUGAACAGCAUGUGGUACAGUAUGAACGGAAACUCAUGUCACUGGAGGCACGUAAGAGGAGACGACAUCGCAUUGCAUUCAGGUCAAGACUUGGAAAAAAAUCAGGAAGUACUAAAGGGACCAGAGUCCCUAAACAGAAGAGUACUGAGAGCGAGGAAGAGAGGAGCUCUGACGAGGAGGAGGAGGAUGAAGAGGAGGAUGAAGAGGAGGAGGAGGAGGAGGAGGUGGUGGUGGAGGUGGAAACAGAGGGUACAAAGCAACAACUCAAAGACCAUAAAGAAAAACGGGCAGAACCACCUGCAUCUAAUAACUUGGCUUCCAAGGAGAUCACUCCAAUAAAUGCUGAGCAAAAAACUAAAGGCACGACAUUGAAACAUGAACAUCCAAGCAAGACAAAAGUGAACCUCCUUCAGAUUCUUCAGCAAGGGCAGAAUCUCAGUAAGGUGCAAGCUCGUAUGGCAUUUUCGUCAUACCUCUACCGAGUUCAGAAACGACUUAUUACAGAAUGCAGUGCGCAGGGUGACAGUUCAGCCAUGGCAGAAAGAGAAGAUGAACAAAUGGAGUUGGUAAUUCGUUUUCUUAAGCGAGCAGCCAGUAAUCUCCAGCAGGCUCUGCAAAUGGUCUUGCCAAGCCGACUGCUCCCCCUCUCUGAUAGACGACGCAUCCUCUCUCACCAGCUUGGAGAAUUUAUCCACUGCUACAACAAGGAAACUGAGCAGAUGGUGAAGAAAAUAGAAAAACUAAAGGAGAAUGAACAAUGUGUGAACCCUGACCUAUUCCAGGACUUUGUCACUGAAGCCAGUGAGAGUGAUCUAGAAGAAGUUUUAACUUACUACACACACAAAAACAAAUCUGCUAGUGUUUUCUUGGGGUCGAGAUGCAAAAGUGCCAAACCUGGCACCAGUGAAGGCUCUGGAGAGCAAGCUAAUGAACAGAGCCAGAAGGCUGUAACAGUGUCAAAGGAGGUGGAAUCAAGUGCCUCAGAAUCUUCUGCACCUAUUCCUGCCUGUAAUUCCUCACAGCAGAAGAGCUCUGCCUUGCAUCAUUGCAUAUCAGAGGCCUUAGACUGCAGCCAGAUUCGUAUCCAGCCUCCUCCUCCUUCUCCUCCUCCUCCUCCUCCAUCAGUGCCUCUGUCUACCCAGGCUAUACACGCGGCACCAGCAGCAUUCCUCAGCUCCAACCCUUCUCAGCUGUCCUCCAGAACUUCGUCAGCCACUGUUAUAUCCCACCAUGGCACAAGCAAGGAGGUUCUAUCUCGCUGCAGGUCGAGCAGUUACUGUACUCAAGAGAAAGUUUCUUCUUUACCAAGCGCAAUGCAGAUUUACAGCCAAAAACUCUCCCGGUCAACUUCGGCUAGGCAUGUUUCUUUACAGAGCAGCCCCGGAAAGUCUCAACCUGUCUCCACUGGGGUGUAUAAGGAUGGACAUAACCUUUCCUCCCAGUGUGACACCAACCAAGAAGCCAUUGCAACAGCGCUUCAGAGACUGGCAGAGAAACAGGCUGCCAGGCAGUACUCUGCAUCCAGUCACAUCAGUCUCCUGACACAGCAUUUGAGCAAUCUAAACCUGGCAAAUGGAGCUGUAAACCGAGGAUUUAGUCCUGCAUAUCGGCCAAUUGGUGUAGCAACUGGGCCUCUAAGAGCCGUACAUUCAGAUGCUGGAUUGGCCAAUGGUCUAAGGAUGACGAAGGCACUGUGCAAGCCUCCAAGGGCUGCCAAUCGCACCUCCUAGUUCCUUGUUCAAUUCCCUGCCCAGCUGCACCAGCAUUCUCCAGUCUGCCUUCCACCACCUUCCACAGAGAUGCUCAAAACCUGUCUUAAAGUUGCUCUGCCAGGAAAUUGCUGUUUAAAAAACAAAAUUAUAUAAUAGAAGAAAAACACUUGUUAUAUAUAUAUAUAUAUUUGUUCUUUUUGUUUAAAACUUCCUUUCCUUUUUUCCCCCUUGCGUAUAGGAUGGUAUUUUCCUUGCAAGUGCGCCGUUAAGUGGUGCAAAUUCAUUCUAAGCGAUGUUAACUGCCAAAGCAAACAGCCAUUCUUCACCAAAAAGAGACUGGAAUCUGUAGAAUGUUAGACUGUUAUAUUGAAUUGAGAAGAGCAGUAUAAGUGUAAUACCUGAAUGUGCAAAGGGUAACAUAAAACAAAUAGAUGCUGUCCUUUUGGGUGUGGUGUGUCUGUUAAAUUAAUGGUAUGAGCAUGUAUACCUAAUGUACUGGCAUUUUCCCUGUAGGACUUGGGAACUUGGCCAUUAUUACAGUGAACAAAAACACAUUAUACUCAACCUUUAUAAAAAAAAGAGGUCUCUGUUAGUUGACUGUAUCCGGCGUAAAACUAUUAUUUUACUUCCAGACCCAUAAUAUCUAACAAUUACAGUAACUGGAUUGUUGUAGUGCCAUUAUGAUGGUGUAAUGUUCUGUAAAAAAAAAACAAAAAAAAAACAAACAAAAAAACACAAAAUGUCACUUUUCCACAUCCAGCCAUGAAGCUUUUGUAAAACUCACCCUUGAAUCACACCAUUUUAAUUUGGUUGGUUGUGUCUGUUGAGAGAAAAAAUGCUCUCCUGAUAACUAUCCCACAGCAAUCACACUUUCAAUGAAGACUGGUUUUAUUGGACAUUUCCUUUUGGUUUCAUACCCAAAGACCAUAAACUAACAGUUUAGUGGAACACAUGUGGAAACAGCUGCAUUGCCAGAUGGUGUCAUAAUGUCACACACACCAAAACCUAUAGAAGUGUAGAUAGAUCUACUUUAAACAGGCCUAACUUGUAACUGGACAUUUUUUCUAACAAUAAGAUUGGUAGUAAACUUACUGCUAAGCUACAUUAAGGAGAGAUGCUGUUUGUGAUAAUACAUAUAGUACUAGUCAUAACAAUUAUGGCUAUCUUGUGUGGAUAAAGGAUUUUAGAUUUUCAAGUGUAUAAUUGUCUAAGCUUGGAACUGUAUAUGGAACCAUAUAAAGUGUAGCAAUUGUUGUAAAAUAUACUUAGGAUCCACAUUGUAGGUUCUUUGCUUAGCAAACAGACACAUGUAUAAAAUUCCUCAGCUUUCCUUUUAUGACAAUUGUUAACGGCUGAUUGACAUGCCUCAGUAUCAUCCGUCUAAAGAGAAAUUAUGAUUAAAUUCAUUAUAUAUUUAUAAAUCUGGUGAUUUUUAUUAUGAUAAUUUCCCUCAGAUGUAUUGAUAACCAUAACGUUAUGAUUGCAAAACACUGGUGGAGUGUUAACUGUGUGUGGGAGCUCUCUAUUUUUACAGAGACAUAUGAGUGACAAUGUCUCAGACAGUUUGGCCCAGAUCUUGGAUUCUGUGUUUUUCCAGUCCAGCCCUUCCUUAUGUAUGGAACUGUCAGGGAAUUCCUGGAAUGUCUGGCUUUUUUCUCUUUUUAAAAUGUUUUUAUUUCCAGAAAAAGAUUUUUACUAGAGAAGUUAAUUUUUUAAUAAAUAUUCCAGCAUGAAAAAUGGGGAAACUUUAUAGACAAUGAAGUUCAUUAUCAUUAAAAUGAAAGAAACAGAUCUGUGUGACUCACUUGGACCUCAUGGUUGCUUCCUGAAAGAUGUGCCAUGCUGUAAACUUUGUAACCUUCUUGCUCCACUCAGUUUAACAUUGUUACAGAAAGCUGUAUAAUGGUAAAAGGAGAAAGCUAGCUAGUUACAAGUAUGGGUUUGAGAGAAACAAUGCUGAAUGGCUUCCCGGUGAACCAUAAAGGAAACAAGUUUUAUUUCUUGUGGUAUAAAUAGGAUGGUAGAUUCCAGUCUAUAAUGCACAAUAUUGAUCUUGCUUGUUCCAUCAUCACCAGAAUACCACUACUGUCUGCUCUGCAUGUCGUACAUGAUGCACCUUAUUCGAUUGUAAGUAAUUGCCUGGGUAAUGUACUUAUGAACAAACAGUGGUAAGGAUUCCACUACUAGAGGCUUUGUCUAAUAGGGAAGGAACAUGUUAAACAGGAGAAGAUUUAAUAAAAUAAAAAAAAAAUGAAGAAAUACCAAUAUAGAAUGCUGAGCAAAAUACACACUUCUGCAACUCUCUAGGAAUAUUUCUGCAACUUUGCAACCAAGUGCUUGGUCUGCCAUGUACUUGCCAAGAGAAGUGAAGCAAGCAAUAUUCAUUGUAUUGGUUAUGCAGAAUCUUUACCAAUCUUGCACAUCUUCAUGUACGAAAGUAGGUUUAAAAAAAAAAAAAAAAAAAAAGCACGAAAAAGAAACAUGGUAUACUUUAUUCAAUGAUGUAGAAGGUGCUACUACUUAAAUUUUAAAAUUUGAUACUGUUUCUUUAAUAUACAAUUCCCUGAGUCCCUGCACUGGGGCUGAGGUGUGCCUGCCAAACAUACUGAAACUGUUAAGUGUACCGGCUCUUUAAGAAAACCACAGGGGUGUAGCAUGAUGGGUUUCAAAGAGAAAUGAUCCCUUUUGAAGUUCUGUUUUCAGUAUCUGCCAGGUAUGCUGCCUCAGCGGUUUGGAAACUGUUUCUACACUCAGCUUUUCAUAUAAUCCGCAGAGAGCAGAGGGGAAUUAAUAAAAACAGACAAUAUUGAAUAAAAUCUUAGCACAGCAAGAGAUUUGCAGAGACGCCCUUCAGAGUGACAAACACAGCUUGCAAAACAACGGAUUUGAUCCUCACAUUUUAAUAACCAA